AUGCGGGUUGACGUCAUCAUCGCCGCUUCUCUCUCAGCCGCUCUCACCUUCUUCCUCUCCCGUCGCCUCGCUCCAUCCAAACCUGACUCAAAAUCAUCAAAGGCCGUCAACGCCGCUGUUGACGAUGACGGAAUUGACAGAACGCCGCCAGCCGAGCCCAUCGCGUCCUUCUCAUCGCCCGAUAUUGUCAACGUGAAAUCUCUGCCACGUGUACGGUCGGAGAUGGAGGUGGAGGACGAGCAGGACUAUCAGUUCCUCACGGUCGCGGCGGAGGAGGCGGAGGCGGGCGCGCUGGAGAAGGACGGCGGGCCGUUCGGCGCGGUGAUCGUGCGCAACGGGGAGAUCGUGGCGCGCGCGCACAACGAGGUGCUGAAACACAAGGACCCCACGUGCCACGCCGAAAUCAUCGCCAUCCAGAAGGCGUGCAAGGCGCUGGGGAAGAUAGAGCUGUCGGACUGUGUCAUCUACUCCUCCUGCGAGCCAUGCCCCAUGUCCUUCGCCGCCAUGUACCUCGCCCGCCUCCCGCGGCUGGUGUACGGGGCACAGGCAGAGGCGGCACACGACUUGGGGUACGACCCGUCACACGUGGCAGACGCUAUAAGAGGCACGGCCACGUUUCAGAAGAGCAGCUGCCGUGUCAAGCGCAUCGUUUACCCCGAGUUUCUGGGAGCCUCCCCUCGUCGCGCCUCCGCUCGCCUCCCCGAGCCUCUGCUCGCCUCACCACGCCUCCGCUCGCCUCGCCGCGCCGCAUCUCGGCUCACCUCCCCGCGCCUCCGCUCGCCUCGCCGCACCUCCCCUGCCAUCAGCGCGUCAGCACCCUCGUCUCGCUGCCCCUCCUCGCGCCUCCAAUCCCGCUGCCCUUCUCCCACCUGCCCAUCCCUUGCCCUCGCUUCCCUGCCCUUCCAUUCCCUCGUGUUACCUUCCCCUUUAUUUUUCCCGUCUGCUUCCCCUCAUUCCCCCCCCUCCUUCCCCUCAUUACCCCUCCUUUUUCCCCUCAUUUACCCCGCUGCCUCCCCUCGUUUCCCCCUCUGCUCUCAUCGUUUCCCCCCCUUGUUCUACUCAUUCCCCCCCCUCCUUCCCCUCAUUUCCCUCCCAGCUUCCCCUCAUCUCUCCCCCUGCUUCCCCUCAUAUCCCCCCCUGCUUCCCCUCAUAUCCCCCCCUGCUUCCCCUCAUAUCCCCCCCUGCUUCCCCUCAUAUCCCCCCCUGCUUCCCCUCAUAUCCCCCUUCGCUUCCCCUCAUUUCCCCCCCUGCUUCCCCUCAUUUCCCCCCCGGCUUCCCCUCACCCCCCCCUCCCGGUUCCCCUCAUUUCCCCCGCUGUGGCCCCUCAUUUCCCUACCUGCUACUCCUCUUUCCCCCCCCCUGCUUUCCCUCAUUCCCCCCCCCGCUUCCCCUCAUUUCCCUCCCUGCUUUCCCUCUUUUCCCUCCCUACUUCCCCUCAUUUCCCUCCCUGCUUCCCCUCAUUUCCCCCCUGCUUCCACUCAUAUCCACUCCUCCUUCCCCUCGUUUCCCCCUCUUCUUCCCCUCGUUUCACCUUCCUAUCUCUCGCUUUCCCUCUCUCCCUCUUCCCUAUCCUCCAUCUUCCUAAGGUCCUUCGUUCCCUCUCACCCUCUUCCUAUCUCCUCCUUUCCCUCACCCCCGCUCUUCCUAUCCCCUUUCCCUCUCAUCUCACAUCGUCCUAUCUCCCCCUUUCCCGUCCCCCCUGCUUCCCUCUUCCCUAUCUCCCAUAUCUCCCCUGUUUGA